AUGACGACACAGAGGCCCAACAUCAUCUUCAUCAUGGCUGAUGACCAUGCUUCCAAGGCCAUUAGUGCCUAUGGGGCUGGAAUCAACCAUACGCCCAACAUUGACCGUCUGGCGAGCGAGGGAAUGAAGUUCAACCACUGCUACGUCACCAAUUCCAUCUGCACACCGUCGCGAGCAGCUAUCCUGACGGGUACUCACAACCACGUCAAUGGCGUGAUGACCCUGAACGACAGCAUCAACAAGCAUCUACCCAAUGUUGCAAAGCACCUCCGAACAGGCGGUUACAACACAGCUAUGGUGGGGAAAUGGCACUUGGGUGAGGGCAAACAAAACGAGCCCACUGGCUUUGACUACUGGUCCGUCCUCCCAGGGCAAGGUGACUACUGGGACCCAGAGUUCAUCGAGCCGUCCGGCGAAAAGAUCGAGGAGGGAUACGUCACAGACAUCAUCACAGAUAAGUGCCUCGACUUCAUCAGCAAGACCAAAGACACCGACAAGCCCUUCUUCGUCAUGUGCCACCACAAAGCACCGCACCGUUCGUGGGAGUGCGACGACAAGCACAAGAACCUCUACACCGACCCGAUCCGCGUCCCCGAGACCUACGACGACGACUACAAGAACCGCGCCAAGGCGGCGAAGAUCGCCAAGAUGCGCGUCGCCGAGGACCUGACGUACCAAGACCUGGGGCUCGUGCAGCCGGACGGCGGGAACAGGGUCGGCGAGCGCGUGGUGCAGGAGUCGAACUCUGCGCAGCGCAAGAUCCCGACCGAUGCCAAGAGGCUGAUUGACAAGGAAGAUGGGACGGUGUUCACGUUCAAGAACGGCGACGACCUUGCGCACUUCAAGUUCCAGCGAUACAUGCAGCGCUACCUUCGCGUCAUUCAGUCUGUGGAUGAUAACGUUGGCCGUAUGCUGAACUACCUCGAAGACAACGGGCUGGCUGAUAAUACGAUUGUGAUCUAUACGUCGGAUCAGGGGUUCUUCUUGGGUGAACACGGGUGGUUUGACAAGCGCUUUAUGUAUGAGGAGUCGUUCCAGAUGCCGUUCCUUAUCCGCUAUCCCGCAGCAAUUGCCAAGGGCGCAGUAUGCGACGACAUCAUCUGCAAUGUUGACUUUGCGCCGACAUUCCUCGACUUUGCGAAUCUGCCAGUGCCAAGCUACAUGCAGGGCGUCUCUUUCCGGGAGCUACUCAGCGGCAAAACGCCGGCAGACUGGCAGCAGAUUGCAUACCACCGAUACUGGAUGCACAACGACAUCAUUCAUCACGCCUAUGCGCACUAUGGUGUUCGAGACCAACGAUACAAGCUCAUUUACUGGUAUAACGAGGCCCUGGACGUGGCGGGCGCCAGGCCAGGCGGCGAAAAGGAUAAGGAAUGGGAGUUGUUUGACUGCGAGAAGGACCCAUUGGAGCUAUUCAAUGUGUACCACGACCCAGCAUAUGCUGAAGUUGUGAAGCACAUGACGGGACUGCUGGAGUUGAAGAUGGUGCAGAUCGGGGAUGAACCCGUUCAUCCAAGGCCUGGUGCGACGAGUGGGUCGGUUGAGCUCGCGAUCUGA